AUGCCCGAAAAUGCUCUACUCGUUACGAUCGAAUCAAAUUCAGCGUCAGCUGCCAUUGCUCGCCGUAUUCAUGAACAUGCUGGUGUCGAUCAUCAAAUUCACAUCGUUGUUGACUCGACUAAUCUAGCCAUUCCUCAAUUAAGAAGACUAUUCAAUGUCGAUUCAUUCGAUUUGAUUUUUAUUGAUCACAACAAAAAUGUUUAUCUGCGUGAUUUGAAACUGCUCGAGCAGGAAGGUUUGGUUAAACGUGGCACCGUGAUUGUUGCCGACAAUGUGGUAAUACCAGGCGCACCAGACUAUCUGAAAUAUAUUCGAAACUCACCAGAUUACAGUACACAAUUGCAUAAGUCAAAACUUGAAUAUUCGAAUUACAUACCCGAUGGUGUCGAAGUUUCAAUGCGUCUUUGA